AUGGGCCAGCGGCAGUCCUUUGAAUCAAAGCUGCAGAUGUGCGUGUGCAACCAUAAUGUGGAGCAGAUGAAGGAGCUCAUCCAGGACCCCGAGUUUGUGGCGGAGAACAUGAGCGAUACGAUAUUUGUUGAGCUUGUCGAGCGUCACUGGGAUCCGUCAACGACGAUGGCAUUUGCCAAGAAGGCGAAUGACCACCAGCUCGCCAUUCUCGUCAGUACGGCGAUCAUACACUCCAGCGUGCUUCCACUCAGUACGCUGUUCCAUCUUAUGAGGGACGCCCCUGACACCAUCCGGAAGGAGCAUCUUGACGAGCUCUUCAUGACGGCGUGCGACCACAUCGACACCGAGGCGGUGAAGGCGCUGUUGGCGGCCAAGUGCUUUGACUCGGGGGAUGGGCGCCCAAUUGUGACAGUUGUACGCCGUGAGCUCAGUAAGAGGGCGCCCGAUGAAGAGCUUGUUCAGCUCGUUCUCGACUCUCUUCCUGGGCAUGAGGACCUGGCGACUUACCUGCUUGAGACGUGUGUGCCCACCGCGAAAAAUGAGGCAACCAAGGCAAUGCUAACAGCAAAGCUGAAGAGCUACCUGAAGAAUACGUAG